AUGGCACCAGUGCUGGUCAUGCCUGACUCCGUUGCAAAACUGUCUCCUCCAUAUGAGGAGUAUGACACCGCGCUGCUUGGUGGCUUUGCCACGCUGACAGUACUACAAGUUGCAGUCGUGUGUGUAUUUGCAUUCAAAUCAGCACUGGCAUUGCUCCCGUUGUUAGCAUUUCUGGUCGUCGGACAGGCAUUGGACGAAGACGAAUUAGAGGUCGCUUCCCCAUUGACACUACCGACACCAGAAAACGGCAAAGCAGCGAUCGAGCCAGCACUGACACCCGCCAUGCUAGAUAGUCAGGGUGGUAAGUCUUCGGAAAUUAGGGGCACAUACUCUGGUAAGGGGCGCAGCGCACGAGCUGAAGCCAAGCCCUAUGGAUUUGACCCCCCUUUGAGCAGGGUUCUUAAAUGGGACGUCCAUGCUGCCUCGUCACGGGGACGAAGAAUGGCACCAGUGCUGGUCGUGCCUGACUCCGUUGCGAAACUGUCUCCUCCAUAUGAGGAGUACGACACCGCGCUGCUCGGUGGCUUUGCCACGCUGACAGUACGACAAGUUGCACUCGUGUGUGUAUUUGCAUUCAAAUCAGCACUGGCAUUGCUCCCGUUGUUAGCAUUUCUGGUCGUCGGACAGGCAUUGGACGAAGACGAAUUAGAGGUCGCUUCCCCAUUGACACUACCGACACCAGAAAACGGCAAAGCAGCGAUCGAGCCAGCACUGACACCCGCCAUGCUAGGUGGCACCCAUUUUUGA